AUGCUGCUGCCUGCCUGGGAAAUGUGUCUGUAUGGUGCCCUCACCGUGGGCUCUCACUUCUAUGCUUUCUAUGAAGUGCACCAGGUGUCUCAGAAGUAUGAAGCUGCAAUGGACAGAAGGUUUGGGCUGGAACCAGGAACUCUGUUUUGGGGCCUCAAAAAGGACCCCAUGGACUUUGAGUGGAGCUACUGGAUUGAAUGGGGAAGAGAGCGUAUAUUGUGGCUUCUGGCUGGUCACCUGCUGGUAUCACAAGUGUGCAGGCUCUUGGUGGAGAAGUAUAAACCAUGGUGCUUGAUGGUUUAUGGAAUGGCUGCCUGCUGGUUGUUACUGGGAAUCAAAGGCUUUGCUGUCAUUUUGUUACAUGCAACCAUUUCGUUUGCUGUGGCUCAGUUUCAGCUGUCCCUCCUGACAUGGUUGUGCUCCUUCAUCUUGCUAUCCACUUUACGCAUACCGGCUGUAGAAGAAGCCAAGAGGAAGUGGUAUGACACUGAAAAUGAGUAUUAUCUGCUGCUCUUUACUAUGUCUGUCCGCUGCCUCUUCUGCACUAGCUUCAGCCUGGAGUACUGCUGGCAUGGACCUGCCCAGAAGUCAUCUCACUCAUUCUUGUGGAUGCUGGCAUAUGUGUUUUAUUACCCAAUGUUCCACAAUGGACCUCUUAUGAAUUUUGAUGAGUUCAGCAAGCAGAUGAGGAAACAAGAAACCUUCAAUUUGAAGACCAAUAUCAUCAUCUUAAUUGUGGGCAUAAUUCGUAUUUUCUUUUGGUGGUGUCUGGCUGAGCUGAUGAUUCACUUCAUGUAUAUCCAUGCUCUGUACAGCAGUGCUUCACCUCUGGAAGCUGCAUCAUACUGGGCCUUGGGUGGCCUGGCUUUAGCUCAAGUGCUGUUUUUUUAUGUGAAAUACCUGGUUCUGUAUGGUGUUCCUGCCCUCAUCCUUCAAAUGGAUGGACUCAAACCUCCAGCUCUUCCUUGCUGUGUGAGUCUGAUGCACAGUUUCACUAAAAUGUGGAGAAGUUUUGAUGUUGGGCUACAUCGCUUUCUGGUCAGGUACAUUUAUGUUCCAAUGGGAGGAUCUCAGUCCAGUCUGCCGGGAAUGCUGUUUUCCACAGCCCUUACUUUUGCCUUCAUAAGCUAUUGGCAUGGAGGACAGAGUUAUCUGUGGUACUGGGGCACACUUAAUUGGCUUGGAGUAAUUGUGGAAAAUGGAGUCAAGAGGAUACUUUCUAUUUCACUUAUCCAAGAUUUAAUUGAGCGCUGCUUCUCACCAAGAAUUUGUCGUCGACUUCACGCUGUCCUAGCAUCUGUUAGCACUUCCAUGUUGAUUUUAUCAAAUCUAAUAUUUCUUGGAGGAAAUCAUGUUGGAAAAAUCUACUGGAACAGGAUCUUUAUGGAAGGCUGGCCAUGGGCAACACUGACUGUGCUGGGGUUCCUGUACUGCUAUUCUCAGGUUGGAAUCGAAUGGGAGCAGACCUACACUGUCAAUCAGCAGUGA